ACCAGGAAGAGGGGACAGGACAGAGCACAUCUCAGAAGACGCAGGUCGGGGGAGGAGAGAGGCUGCGGGCUCUGGGGGGACACUCUUCCUGGGGACCCCAGCAGUUCAUGGACCUUCCCGACCCCAGGCGCGGCCCCUGCAGGCCCCUGUUCCUUGUGGUGGCAGCCAGCCUGCUGGCCUGUGGGCCCCGCCAGGCCUCCGGGCCGCUCUUCAUCAGCCCAGACUCACUCACUGCCGUUGAGAGACACAGGAAUGUCCUGGCCCUGGAGAACGUGCCCGAGGGUGUCCAGGAAUACAGCUGGUACCGGGGCGCAGAGGACAGCGCGGAGACCAUGAUCAUCAGCUUCAGGCCCCCCGAUUCCAAGGUCCCUGGGCCCUUGUACAGCAACCUGGUGACGGUGACCAGCAAAGGCUACCUGUCCUUCAGGAAGUGCACCUUAAAUGACACGGGGAACUACACGGUUCGGGUAGACACUGGCAAUGGGACCCAAAGAGCCACUGGCUGGCUGGAGGUUCUAGAGUUGGGGCCCCCACCGGUCAUCUCGGCCAACGCCAGCUCCGCGGUGGAGAACUUGGAUUCCGUGGCGGCCGAAUGCCACACCAACGCCUCCCACAUCGAGUGGUACCGGAACAGCGUGCCCAUCUCGGCCAGUCAGCGCAUAGCAAUAUCUGCAGACGGCAGGACGCUGGUCAUCCGCAGGGUCAGCCGCCAUGACAGGACUCUUCAGUGCGUCAUACAGAGAUACGAGAGCUUCCCAGACAUUCUUCAGAAAAGUGACACCGUCUCUCUGACUGUGGCCUAUGGGCCUGACUACGUGAGCCUGUCCACCAACCUCAAGGGCUUCGACGGCGCCCUGACUGCUGGCAUCGGCUCCCAGGUGCAGCUGGAGUGCUCUUGUGAUUCCGACCCAAGUCCCAAGUACCACUGGCUCCACAACGGCUCCCUGCUGAGCUCGGAUGCAAACUUGAACUUCUUCCUCGUGGCCUGGGAGCAGAUGGGCAAUUACCGAUGCAUCGGAGAGAACCUGGUGACCCAGCUGGCCUUCUACGGGGACGUCAGGAUCCAGCCUCCCCGACCCUCGCCUGCUCCUCCGCCUCCUCCUGGCUUCUCCAUCUCGGGCCCCUUGGUGGUGUUCCUCAUUUGGUGACGUCCCUGGGCUGCGGCCACCUCUGUGGGAUCCUGGUCUACGGCCUGGUCAAACUCUACCUCCACAGGAGGAAUCGGGCUACCUGACCUGAGACCUGGAGGACAGUCCCCAUCCAGCAAGGAGGUGAGUGGAGAGCGACGGGGAGGAGCUCAGAGUCCCAACCAGGGACAGCUGCACUGGGAAGGCCUCAGGGUCACCCUGGCAGGGACAGUCAGGGAGGGAACUUGAAGACAGAGGCUCCUACAAGUCUGAAGACCCCAUCUGGGACCUGAGAGAUGACAUCAUGGGCGGCAUGGCCACUGGCCACUCUGCUUGUCAGUCAGAGCUGACCAAUGGGAGCAGGCUGGGUGGGUCCUGGGCUGAGCUCUGACUCUAACCCUUCACCUCCUCCAUCUGCCUCAGUGUUUCCCUUCCCACUUCAUCUCCAUCAUCCCAUGCCCUGGAGUCACCAGAGGGGCUGGAAGGGUCCCCAGGUCAGCACUGCCGAGGACGGGAAAGGAAGCAGCCCACAAAUGCCCAAAGACAGACAGUCGCUUCCCUGGGCGCUGCACUUGCUGAGCUUCUGAGCCAUGUUAGAGACCUCAGGUGCUGAAUUCUAAGGUGGAAACCUUCCCCACAAAGCGGCAGCUGAUAGGAUCCCGUAGGAACACGUAUGGGUCAGUGGACAUGAGGGGCAGGCGCAGUGUGGGCAUGGGGUGUCCCCCAGUUUAUGUGUCACACAUGCAACAAACUGUGGGGGGCUCAGAUCUGCAGGGCUAUCUCUGUGCCAAUUACUCUCUUUAGACUUUCCUGUUUAUUCUUAAGUGGUCUCUCCCCCUCACCAAGGGCCUGAUCUCUUCACAACCAGAAAAAAAGAGGCAAUAAUGAAAUAUCCACAGAUCCCAAACCCGGAAUGAACCACACAAGACACUGGCUGCAAAAAGCAGGAGGCGUUUAUUCUCACACAGGCGCCUGCGGGUGCACAGCAAAACCUCAGCCGGAGCUUCGGUGAACUGGCACACCGGGCUUUGGGGUAUAGAUCUUUUAUAGGGAACAGGUGGGUUAGGUCUUAGCUUAGCACAGCAACAGCCUUCCUAUUGGUCCCUCUGAAUUCAGCAGUUGAGUCACCUAGGGGGGUAAACUUGUUUUCCCACUUUAGUUCUCAGAAAAACCAUAAAAUUGCAUCCUGUCCUUUUAGUUCCUGUUUUUACCCUGUUUGCUCAAGUUUGGCCCUUCCGGGGUUAUCUAUAUGGAACAUCUUGCAGCUUCAGGGCACAGGGGUUAGUUUUCCUAAUGUUGGGCCUGGGGCCUUGGGGUCCUUCAUUCCCCCCUUUUUUUAUAUCAUGGAUAUAAUCUUAUAUCCAUUGACCCAUCUGCUCGGAUUCCAGCAUUAUUUCAGCUGACGGCUCAGCAUACUGGUUGGGGGUUGGUAUUUACUAUUAAUCUAAUUUUGAAUAGGACCCCAGGGUCAUAGGCAGUUUUAUGAUAUACUCUCAGGCCCCAUUGUUUUUUUUUUUGUUUUUUUUUUGUUUUUAAAUUAUAUUUCUUGUCCCCGAUAAUACUUGUCAUGUCUGGCUCACAGAUUGGUUGGGGUUAACUGAUAUGGGGAAGACACAGCACAAAACAAGAAAAAUCAACAGCGAGUGAGUCUUAUCUUUAGCGGAUUUUGGGUACGUUGCAACUUCCAUUCUGGAUCCGGAGAGGUGUCUGCGGACUCCUGUGGAUGUGCAGUCUUCACGUGGGAAGCAUGGAUCUAAGCAGCGAUGCCGUCCACUUUGAGUGCAGUAGGAGUGGUCAGCAGGAUAGUGUAGGGUCCUUUUCACCGCGGUUCGAGGUUCCUGCUCUGGUGCCUGCGUACCCAGACGGUAUCUCCGACCUUGAAGGGAUGUGGCAGCAAGGGGGUUUUAAGUUCCUCUUUGUAUGCUGUGGCUAGAGGCUUCCAGACCUCGUUCUGGACCAAUUGCAAAGCAUGCAAAUGAGUCUGCAUAGAUGGGGUGAGGGAGGCAUAGGUUUUAGUUUUAUAAAAGUUAAUAGCGGGAGGUGGGGCACCGUACAGGAUUUUAAAUGGGGUUAGUCCAUGUGGGCCUGGGGUGUUUUGGGCCCCAUACAAGGCUAAAGGUAGGAGUUGUACCCAGUCUCUAGUGCCAGUUUCAAGUGUCAAUUUAGUUAAAGUCUCCUUAAUGGUUCUAUUUAUCUUUUUUACCUGUCCUGAACUUUGGGGUCUAUAACCAUAAUGUAAUUUUUAAUUAAUUUUCAAUGUAUUGGCUACCGCCUGACUUACCUGGCCGAAGGCAGGCCCAUUAAAUGUUUCCUUUUUGGUCCUCAUUAUCAGGAUCAAAGGGAGUAAACCUCCGAUAAGCCUCUUUUAAUUUUUCUAAGAAGGCUGUCGGAGUUUCCUCUGACCCCUGGAUAGUCUGUCUUACCUGAGCCAAAUUGGUGGGCCGUCGCCCUGCUCCAUGGAGACCCCCCUGCUCCAUGGAGACCCGCUAUGAGUAACUGGCGAUAGAGAUGUAGGUGGUUCUCACCUGCUUCAGUCGCAUAGUCCCAGUUUGGCCGGGUUAAAGGAAAAGCUUCGUUAAUCAAAUUUGUGAGUUGGGUGGGGCGCCCGUCAUUCCCUGGCACAUUUUUGCGAGCUUCCAAAAGAACCUUUUGUUUCUCCUCUGUGUCUAAUAGAGAAAUCUUUAAUUCUGCUACUUAGGGCUGGAUAACCAUAUUAGCAAACAUCAAGUCUACCUGUGUUGUCUAGAAAUAAAAGCCUUAGACUAAAACUAUUCUAGUAGUUCCUUUGACAGUUAUCAGGCAUUUCUGUCUAAGAAUCUCUCUUGUAGCCUCCAGUCUAUUUAUUUAUGGAAGUUACAUUUAACUAUUAUUAUCAUUUAAGAUGUCCAGGAACAGCUGUGCUUUGGCUUUGACUGUCUUUGCUAAGUGUUUAAGAUGAAGCAAGUCAAACUGACUUUUGUUUCUACCUAUUGUUUACAGUCAGCUGAGUUAUCCUGGGAGUCCUCGGGAACUUCAUAGCAGCUUUUCAGUUCUGCUAGUGCCAUUUGCGCUAGGAUGGGUCCAGGCCUUGUUUGACCAUAUGGCUUCCCUCAGAAGCAUCAGGGAUGUCUCCCUUUUUUAAUGACCCUCCUCUUUACAGCAAAUGCACCAUUUGGCUUUCUGUCCUCCACUGGUCUCAUUAAUCUCCCUGCUCAGGAGGUUAUGUGGCCUAGAGUUGCUGAGCCCUUUGGAGAAGUCCCCUAUUCCCUGAUUCAGACUGACUCAGAGGGCAAGAGCCAAAUAUUGG